CAGCUAGUUUCAUUAUUCAGUCUGCCAGUGAGGCAUAGAGUUUUAGAGUCCUAUGUACUCAUAGUCAACUCUGUCUCUGAUCUCCUCUUUCAGGUGAUUGACCAGCUUCCGUGGGAUUCGAUGUCACCUCUAGAUUGGUUCUGCUGAAGAUGGAAACACUGGAGUCUGAGCUCACCUGCCCAAUCUGCCUGGAGCUGUUUGAAGAUCCCCUACUCUUACCCUGCGCCCACAGCCUGUGUUUCAACUGCGCCCACCGCAUCCUAGUCUCCCACUGCUCGUCCAACAAACCUCUAGAGUCCAUCUCUGCCUUCCAGUGCCCCACCUGCCGUUACGUCAUCACGCUGAACCACCGCGGCCUGGAGGGCCUGAAGCGCAAUGUGACCCUGCAGAACAUCAUCCACCGUUUCCAGAAGGCCUCCGUCAGCGGCCCUAACUCCCCCAGUGAGAGCCGUCGUGCCCCAGGUCUCUCCGGAGGCCACAGGCCCUAUAGCAGCAGCGGAGGAGGAAGCUCCGGCAGCCACAGCGCCCGCUCCAGCCCGGCCCAGCCCUCCUCUCAUCAGCACACUGCCACCAUGUCUCUGGAGCACCGUAUCAGCUGCCAGUUCUGUGAGCAGGACCCGCCGCGCGAGGCAGUCAAGACGUGCGUGACCUGCGAGGUGUCGUACUGUGACAGGUGUCUACGUGCCACGCACCCCAAUAAGAAGCCGUUUACCAGUCACCGGUUGGUGGAGCCGGUGCAUGACGCCCACCUGAGAGGCCUCACCUGUCUGGAGCAUGAGAAUGAGAAGGUUAAUAUGUACUGCAUCGUGGAUGACCAGCUGAUAUGUGCGCUGUGUAAGCUGGUGGGACGACACAGAGAACAUCAAGUCUCCUCUCUCAGCGAACGCUUCGACAAACUCAAGGUGAGCCCCCCACCCCCUCCCCCUGCUCUCUCUAAUACACAGAUCACACACUAA